UCAUUCGCAUGGUCAUUCGUGAAUCGGGAUCGUAAGUGAUGCGAUGUUGUACGUCAAAAAAUAGUAAACGUUUUUGCAAGUGCAUUUAAAUGACAGCUCUUUAUGUGCCAGAUAAUGUUUUCCGAGAAACUGUAUUUAGUGAAGGUGCGUGCGAGGAUUGCGACGUCCGUUCAAUAAUAAUUAUUGGUUGAAGAUUAGUAAAUACAUAUACAAAUAUGUCAAGUAUCUCCUUUAUGUGAAGUAGAUAAAUCGCAAGGAUUUUGUUUAAUAUCCACGUUAAAAUGGGUCGAUUUUCGGGGAAAAAAUGUCGGUUGCUAUCCAUGCUGUGGCUAACCGGAGGAUUUUUUCUUGUGGAGCUGAUAGUCGGUUACAUCACGAACUCCAUGUCAUUAGUAGCGGACAGUUUUCAUAUGUUAAGCGACGUCGCAGCGCUAAUAGUAGCGUUUCUCUCUGUUAAGAUGUCCCCAAAGAAGUGGUCGAAAAAUACAUUCGGCUGGGCGAGAGCCGAGGUAUUGGGCGCCCUAGUAAAUGCAGUCUUCCUGGUUGCUCUCUGUUUUUCGAUCACUGUCGAAGCGUGUAAAAGAUUUAUAGAAACUACGGAAAUACACGAUCCACAGUUAUUGCUCACUGUUGGCGUUAUUGGCUUAAUCGUCAAUUUGAUUGGAUUAUUUUUAUUUCAAGAGCACGGUGGUUCGUCGCACUCCCACGGAAGACUGUCGGGUAGCCGUAAUCGACUGAGUCAAUUAGCCGUCACAGAUGACAAUGAAAAUGAUGCAACCUACCCGAGCCCCCCGCCUGCGGUUAGUGCGAAGCACUCGAUGCACGGUCACUCGCACGGCUCCUCGGCGGGGCAAAUGAACAUGCGAGGUGUAUUUUUGCACGUAUUAUCGGACGCGUUAGGGUCGGUUAUUGUGAUCAUUUCCGCCACAAUAUUUUGGCUAACGGAUUGGAAGUACAAAGAUUACAUCGAUCCGGGACUUAGUGUUAUUUUAGUUAUUUUAAUUUUACGUUCCGUUUGGCCACUUUUGAGGGAUUCCGCUUUAAUUUUAUUACAAACAGUUCCUACGCAUAUACAAAUCGACGCAAUUCAAAGGCGCCUUUUGACAAAAGUCGACGGUGUUCUCGCCGUGCACGAGUUCCACGUCUGGCAACUUGCCGGCGACCGCAUUAUCGCAUCGGCGCACAUAAGAUGUAGAAACCUAUCGGAAUACAUGAGAAUAGCGGAGAAAGUGAAAGAGUUUUUCCAUAACGAAGGAAUUCAUUCGACGACAAUUCAACCCGAAUUUAUCGACUAUCGUGAAUACCCGGAAAGCACCGAGGAGAACGAACAGCAAACCGAAGAUUGUAUACUCGACUGUCCUCGGAGCACGUCGAAUGAUACCUGUAUAUUGAACACUUGCUGUGGACCGUCGAAACAGGGUUCGGAUACACCAUCUCCGGCAGAUACUCCAUAUUUAUGUAGGCAACGUACUAGCACGAAUGUGUCUAAUAAUGUGCAAGAAAUGAAUGAACUUGAGAAAGGUGCGUUACUGGAUAGAGGUAAUCCGUCUCAACAAAUCGACUGUAACUGUGGACCUCAUUUGGGACCUCCGCCGUGUUACGAAGCGGCAACGUCUGUUUGACAGUGGAGGAAGUAAAUUAAAAAAAAUUAUACAAGAUAGGAAAAUCGUGUUUGGUUUCUUUUUGCACAUUGAUAUUCUCAAUGGAAGCUCUUAACGGUGCCAACUAGUUUUCGAUUUUCUGGUAUAAAACAUGAUUUUGACAAAAUGCACUAUAUCGGUAGUGGAUUUAAUACACAACAUUAGUUAAUAAAAAAGAUGCCUCUGUACAGUAAUUAAUUUUAAUAGUUUAUAAUGUAGAUAAUUACAUUUUAAUAAUUAUCGUAAGAGAUAAAGUUUUAAAAUCUAGUCGUUUAGUUAUUAUUUUCUUAUGCGAGAUUUUAUGUUGAUCUCAAUUUGUAUAACAAAUGUUGUUAAUUAAAUAUGGAUAUUGUUUCAAGAGA